GACAUUAUCUAAAUUAGUAGAAAACUAAAAGUUGUGUUGAACAAAUCCGCAAUGUGUUUUGAUCAUAGAGGGCGCUGAUAAUGAUGAACGAACAUUGUCAUUGAUUUUUUUCUGAGGCAGCUUCCCACUCAUUGAUGAAUAUGGUUUGAUUUAUAGUUAAACAACAUCAUUUAAUUCGUUUUGACAGAAAUGAACAGACCCAGACAUUUAUCGAGUUCUGGUAACUCACUUUAUGAAUUGCUGAGUUUAGAAAAAUCAGCAACACAUGAUGAUAUUAAAAAGGCUUAUCGCAGAUUGGCUUUAAAGUUUCAUCCUGAUAAGAAUCCAGAUGAUCCAUCUGCUGCGGAAAAGUUUAAAGAAAUAAGCCAUGCCCACACAGUAUUAAUAGACACAACACGACGCCAAAUAUAUGAUCAAUAUGGAUCUAUGGGACUAUGGGCUGCUGACCAGUUUGGUGAAGAAAAUGUUAAUGUAUACCUGAUGCUUACCAGUAAAUGGUGUAAAGCAUUUUUUAUAUGUUGUGGUCUGAUAACAUGCUGUUAUUGUUGUCUCUGCUGUUGCUGCUGCUGUGGAAAAUGUCGACCAGAACAUCCGGAGGAUGACUACGCAAAUUUACAUACUCCUUUGCAGGAUGAAUUCAGUUCUACACCUGAAGAAUCACCUGUGACCUCACAACCCCACGGUGGGCCUAUUCCUAUUCCUGCUCCAGGUAGCGAUAGCGUUACAGAAUCAACUACACUAAAACCAGAAGCCAAAAGUUACGGUGCAGGAGAAGAUUCACCGAAAGCACCAGAAAAAGUAGCUGAAAAUGGAGUCAACAGACAGAGCUAACCAAAAGAGAACUUAGAACAAAUUGUUACCUAUUAUACAGUUAAAAUUGUAUCAGGAUGUAUUUAGUUGUGCCCUCUGGCAGUCCUGAUAAGAUUUACACCUUCCCUGAAUUUUGUUACUACUGGGGAUUCAUUUAUUUUUAGUGGGUACCAAAUUUUGUGGAUAUGGGAAAAAAUAACGUUUUCUUGGCUAUUUGAUUACAUGGUGUUGCCAAAGUCUGCAUGCAUUCCUAUAGAAAACUGGCACUUUGUUGAGAUUUGAUUUUAUGGUUCACCUUUACCAUGAGAUCUACAGAAAUUGGUAUCCCAAUAAUGAUAAUGAAUCCACUGCAUAUUCAUUGUUUAAUUUUGAACAAUAUAUUGUUUAGUCUAUUUAUAAUAAUUAUUCUGUAAAUCUUUUUAAUUAUUAAAUUUUCUAACUUUAAACACACGCAAAUGUCUUUGUAGUAUUUAUUGUGAUAUUUCUUGUAUUCAACAUUUCAUUAUGUUUCCUUUACUUUAUAUUGUUUUACACAUUUUUAACUAUAAUACAUGUAUUGUAAGAAUAUCACAGUAGUUAAACAGAAUCUGUGUAAAUCUAGGUAGAAGUUAUUAGAUAAAAAUGUAGUUUUACUCUAUCUUUCAUGGUAGUUAAACAGGUAAAUCUAGGUAGAAUUUAUAAGAAAAAUUGAAGUAUUACUCUAAAGCUAGAACACAAGUCAUUUUUGUUGUGGGACCUCAUUAACCAUUUCUUAUUGUGUAAAACUAAAUUGCUAGAAUUUAUACUUUAUAAAAUCUUACUAGUUAGAACAUUUAUCCAGUGCAAUGAUCAUAUAUUAAUAUUGUUUACAUGAGUUGUGUGAAAGAUCUGGUUUUUUUUCAAUUUUCAAAUACUGUGGAUUCAUUUAUUUUCAUGGAAACUUAUUUUUGAGGAUUGAGGAUUAUUGUAUUUUUGUUGUUUUGCCAAAGUCUGCAUCCUUUAGAAAGUGUGUAACUUGUUUUUAACAUUUAAAUUUCACAGUUCAUCUAUAAGUAUCCCAUAGAUAACAGGCCCGUAGCCAGGAAUUUCCAAGGGGG